AUGUCUUCACUGGAGCCUUUUGUAAAUUCUAUAAAACCAGCUCUGGACAGCUUUUUGCGUCAACCCCGCAAGGAGACCUUAGCCAAAUUGGAAAAUGAAUUGGUACAAUUUAAUUGGAUGCAAAUGAAUAUUUUUAAUAUACACAUAUUGGUUCCAUUGGUCCUUAAACUGGAUGAGCUAAGCAAUGCCAAUGAAGACCUGCGUACCGGUUGCUUGGAAUGCAUAACUCUGGUGACAUCGAAAAUAUAUCUAAAAGAAUUGACGGCUCUGCGGACGAUGCUGGUUGUGGUUAUUAAACAAAUACGGGAAUGUGAUAAAGCCACAAUGAGACCGAAUAUUUCGGAAGAAUUGAAAUUGGCUGCGGUAAAGUGUAUGGCUGAAUGUUUGCGUCGCUCCACAACAGAUGUUUUGGAACAAUUUUAUUGUAAGGAUUCAUCAAUGAUUUUGGGGCAAAUCCUGCUGACAUUGGUUGAUCUCAUUGAACAUGAGAAAUAUAAGAAAUUGGUCAUUGCAUCGUUGGAAUGCCUUAUGAUUGUGUUUUAUGUUCACGAUGAAGCUGAUCGCAUGGAUGUAGUUCUACGAAAUCAGGUGGCCAAUGUACUUUUCAUAUUUCUACCCAAAAUUGUUACACUGCUGUAUAAAACCGCAUUAUCCGAUGACAAAAUUGGGGAGACAAUAAAAAUCAAUUCGAUAAAAGCUUUGGGCCGAAUACUUUGCAUCAUCUAUGAAGAAACAAUGGAAGAUGUAAUCAAUGCCAAAUAUGAUGUGGAGGCAUUUAAAAAACUUAUUUCCAGUUAUCAUCAUAGCUAUUCCAGCGAUAACAGCAACAACGACGAUGAUAUAUUGGCCAUUAAAAAGAAUCGUGAACAAUUGGAAGAUCGUAUGAAAAAAAUGCAAACCGAUGGUCGAACUUCACAAUGGAUACAGGCAUCAUCGAAAAAAUUACGUAUUAUAUUUACAGAGACAAACAUUUUAAGAUCUCAUGCAUCGACUAAAAUACGCCAGGAAUAUGCACAAAUGUGUUGUUUAUUAAUACAAAAUUGUGCCUAUAAUAAUCUCAAAGAUAAUUUUAUAUUUUUGCUUGAAAAUGUGGUGGCCUCUACCGAAGACGAUGAUGUUCAUAUACGAAAGUUGUGUAGUGAUUGUAUAGAACAAAUGCAAAAAUUAUAUAUUAAUGGUGGAAUUUUUGAUGAAAAUUCUGAACUGCUUUUCGAUGAACAUUUAACAAAAUUACCACGUAUUAUACAAAGAGGUGAUGAUUCAGAACAAUAUACGGAAUUUAUGUUUUUGAAGGCAUAUUUCAAGUCGUUGAGUGCCAGCAAAUUACAAUUACUUUUAUCCGUGCCGAAAAAUUUGGAAAUGUUUUGUAUGUGUUUGUUGGCCGCAUUGGAAUUAAAUAUUUCCAUUAAUUUUCUAGUCGAAGAAUACUCCUUACGUAGUAUGGUCAUUGAAAGUGAUUAUGUGGGGGCUAGUAAAUUACCUUGGCGUUCGUUUAAAAAUAUAUCAUCGGAAAGAUGUUUGAAAUGUUUAAAAGAUAUUUGCCGUAUUGUGGGUAGUGUAACGAUAUUACAACGUAUUGUAACCGAUCAUUUGAUGGAUUUAUUGAAUCAACAAAAUCCCGCUAUAAAUGAAAUAUUUCUUAUAUUAUUGUGGCUGUCAACGGCCAAGGAAAAAGAUACGAAUUUUCGUUAUAAUGAUUUGGAUUUUGUUAAAAAACUGCUGGAUGAAUUGUUAAAUGAUAGACAUUGGCAUUUAUCUUUGCAGCCAGAUAAUGUGACUAAACUUAAAAGUAAUAAGAAUACAGAAUGGUUUGUUGAUCGAACUCCAGGACUGUAUGAAUCUGCUGUGGAAAUACGAACACAAGAUUGCGAUUCGGAUGAUGAGAUUGAGGAUGCAAAUGAAAAUAAUGUCACAAUUGCCGAUGCUGAGUUCAAUGUUCUGCAUACUUGCAUUAUUAUGGAUUGUUUGGGACACUGUGCAUUGUAUGUGGGUGAAAGAUUUGAUAGCUAUGUGUUUCAGGCAUUGCACAAGGUCUUAUUAAAAAUAGCUCACAGCAAUACAUUUGUUUAUAAAGCAGCAACAUUUGCCCUUGUAUCCAUGCAAAAAGCUUUGCGAUUUAAUAAAGUUACACAAUUGGUGGAGAGUCAUGCCGACUAUAUAGCCUAUCAUUUAAAUACAUUACUGAAAAGAACACCUGAUAGCAAAUCAGCUGUGGAUAUACUCAGUGUACUUUUGCAAUUUUCCUCACGGAACACCUUGCCGCAUAUGGAAACGAUAUUUCAAACAAUAUACAAUGAAUGUUCCAAGGCACAUCAAACACAGAAUAUUAUUUCAUAUCUAAAAGUGUUUAAUGCAUUCCUAAUACACAUAGAAAAAUGGUUGGAAACCUGCAGUGCGGAAUUGCAACAAGGUGAAAAUGCAAUGGAAACCGAUGAUAUGACAAUUGAUGAGGAAAAUGAUUUAUUAUCGACAUGGUUGCAAUUAUUAAAUGACAAACAAUUUUCGGAAGAUUUCAAUUCAAAUAAUGAAGACAUCCCGUCACAUCAUAACAAUGCAAAUAUAACGGAAAGAGAGACGGAAAAUGAAACAACUGAUGAUGCGGAAAAUACCGACAAAAGUUUACCACGUCAUAUUGAAAUUAUUAAAUCAAUUUUGGAACAAGUUGUUAAAUUUAUUAAUUCCUCGGAUCAGCGUUUACAAAUCCUUGCCCUCGAAUGUUUGUCCUGUGGUUUACCGUUACUGAGAAAUUAUGAAAAUGUUUUACUACCAUUGGUACAUUUAAUUUGGUCGCCUUUGGUUGAGAAAUUUCGCCAACGGAAUGCCUUAGUAUUGAAUCGUUGUUUUUCCUUACUUGAAAUAUUGGCCAAAUGUGCCAAGGAUUUUAUAACCAAAAGAAGUUUAGAUGAUGUUAUACCUUUUCUCAAGAACUUCCUGCAAAAAGCUGCCCAAUAUUCUUGCAAGGAGAAAAUUACAGCCCAAACACAGGAAUACAAACUUCAAUUGAAAUUGUUGGAUUCAUUUCCAAAUCUUAUUGUGUGUCUCGAAUUGGAUGGCAAACAUCUGAAUGAUAUAUCGGAAAUUGUAUCAUUAUAUUUAUCCAAGGAUCAACCCAAAGAACUACAAAGACACGCUAUAUCGUAUUUUACCCAACUAUAUUCAUACAAUGGUCCCAUGAUGUAUUUAAUAAUAAUUACAAAAUCACAUUUAAAAUUGUAUGAAGAUAAUAUUAAAAAUAUACUUUUAGAAUUUGGUAUAACCCUUAAAGGCAUCUAUUAA